CCGUAGAUGGGUUUGGCUUGUUGGGCGCGCGCUGAAGGAAAACAAUUUGAAAAGAAAAAUGGCGGAAAAGCAUUUGGAAGAUGGAAAAGACGGGUGCGUAAGUGCCGUCGAAGGUGAUAACCACAAUGAGGUCAUCUCAGUGAAACAGACACCAAAACGACGCUCUUCUACAAGUCCCAGCGCAGCUCCCCCACACAAGUCUCCCCGUAGCGACAGUAAAGCCUCACCAACAACGCAGACAUCAGAUGGAGGUGAAGGACAGUCAGAGAGAGACCGAAAAGAAAUGCAGUCAGAAGACACGGAGGAUUCUGCUGGUCCCUCUGUCAGCCCUACACCACGGAGGAAAUCCUGGAGAAGAUCCACCAUAACCCGACGCUCUCUCCCUGCCCUUCCCAACCCAUAUCAAGCUCUGUGCAGGAACAUAAGCACAUCCUUAUCACAGCAUGAGAGGCUUGAGAAGUUGAUGGAUGCUUCAAUGAAGGUGGCAAUAGAAAGAACUCAAAAUUUGCUGCAGUCCAUGCCAAACACAUCAUUGGAGUCUUUUGAGAAACAAGUUGAACACAUCCAGAAAGAAUGGGGUUGCCUUGCCAAACGCAUAGACAGUGAACAACACCAACUCCCUCCCAGUGAAGCCAGUAAGCCUGCAAUGCAAGGAGCCAUGGAAAAAGUCCAGAGAGCCAUCAACAGGCUGCAGGCUGAAAGUGAAUCUUGGGAGGCACUGUUGAACAAACACCGGAGCAAAGCAGAGGAAUUGGAAAGGAAGGUGGAGCAAGGCCAGAAGACAGGUGUAUCCCUAGGCCCUACACCUGUGACCCAGUCAUCACAGCACCUUUUCAUACAGAGUAAACCAGACUACCAUGUUGUCCUCUGUAGACAGCAACCCAAGCUUCAGACUAUGGGAAUGAUUAUGGACACUCAGUGUAAGAUGGUUAGAGAGCUUCUGUCCAUCAAGGAGCACUCACAGCUAUUGGUGAAAGAGACCAGUGGGCGAUUGGCGGCAGAGGAAGGAUUCCAGGAUCUUUCAUCGGACCUCCUCAGGAAUCUCAUGGCAGCACCUUUAUCCUCUGCAACUACAUAGUCUGUGGAAAGCAAGCAUAAACAGCCUGUCCUCUAACAGAUCGUGGCUCUGUAUGACUUGUAUGUGAAACUCAAGUGUCUUUCUUGUUAAUUUUACUGUUUUGACUUGGUUACAUGUCAUAUCUUUGCUCUGUCUUUGUUGUCUUGUUUCAUCGAUUAGUAAAAUAAUUAUAUAUUUUCUGUCAAAGCAAUGUUAGUCUGCAGCUGAACUGUUAAAAGGCGUAGUUCAAGUAAUGUAUGUGUUUGACCAGCAGGUGGCAGUAGCUGGCUACACAAAGCUGUGACAAGCUAGGUGAAUGGCUAGAGAAGAUUUUUCUGUUAAGCCUUAAUUAAGUGCAAUCUCACCUGCAAAGCCUGAAACUGUUAAGGUUAGACUAUCAGUUGUUUGAAACCAGACGUUUUUGAAACUUCGCCAGAAAUUUUGCAAAAUAAGAUUAUCGGUUGGUCCUCAUAAAAUAUACACAGAAAAACAAAAUAUUCAGCCCCAAGUUAUAACCUGUCUGAGGAGGUUUGCAUCAGAAAUCAGUACUGUUUUAUCUUCAUAAAAUGAAAAGUCAUGGGAUGUAUUUGAGUUGACAUUUUAAGUGUCUGCUAUUUCAUAAAUACUUUCAAAACUGAUAAGCCAAAAAAGUAGAAGAACCCUGUAUGCACUACGGAGGAUUAAGCAAAACAAGAGUUUUAAUACAGAUGGCUUGUCAUUAGGACAUUGCCUGCAAUUUUUAGUAUAUGUACAGUCCUUUUUAUUUGCUCAUCCUCAGUCACAUUUAGUCUCCUUUUGGUGCCGCAUCUAUUUCACUUCAUCAGUGUCCCCUGACCAUUCAGGAGGAGGCCCCUCCCCCACAGUGACUCACCCCCAUCUCUUGCGUUUGGCUUGGUCACUGAUGCAGAACGAAGCUUUGACAUUGUACCAGUCAGUCAAAGCUUUGUUCGCCAUCACUCCUUUUUCUUGGACCCCUUUGCUCAUUAAUGUUAAUACUUAAUUUGGUUCUCUGAAGAACACAGCAAGACGAAUCCCCUUUUGCCAACAAUAUACUGUGCAUAAUAUAAGGCAGGUGGUUUUAAUGUUGUGGCAGAUCAGUGUAUAACAGUAAAUGACUUCCUCUACUCUGCAGUUAUGAUCUUCAACAUGGAGUAUGGUGAUUUUUUUUUCCUUGAGAUUAUAUUCAGGCGAGUGACUAGAGAGCACAGGGACAAGCAAAGAGAAGACAAGUGGGGUUGUGACCGUGAGAGUUGUGACUAAGGGAGGAUGGUGCACAGCAGGAGAGAUCGAUUCUUAUUUAGAUGAAAAUGAGGCUUGAUGCUUGUGGGGUGAGAGGAGGGCAGCUUUAGCAUCCAAAUGAAUAGAAGUUUCUCAGAAAUUAUCCUUAAAUGAAUCACUAACAAUAAAACAAAAAGUUUACAAAGCCACUGACAGUCUUUAUUUUCAAGCAAGGUCUCUGUUCAUGGUGAAAUAAAUGACUUUAGGGGCUACAUGCUUACAAUUUAAUUAUAAACUGUUGCUUUGAAUAACCUUAAUGACACCAGGAAGUGGCGCAUUAGAAGUUAUUUUUUACGUGUUUGAUUUAGAUACAACGCAUAUUUGAAUAAAGAUACUUUGGGUGUGA